AUGAACACCUUCCCUUCCUUCUCCACACCUCCUCCCAAUACACCAACCAUCCAGUCAGUGUGUAAGCCCUGCCUACGGGCCCCGUGGAGGAUGAAUGAUGUGCCCACACUUGACUACGAGUUGCUGCUGUCCCCGGCCAGCUCCUCACUCCCUGGCGGUCCUGGCGGUGGCAGCAGCAGCAGUCCUCCACUGGCUUUGGUUGGGGUGGACACUGAGCAGCGCACCGCCUUGGCCUUCGUAGGCCUUCUCAUGCUCUUCUUGGUCUUCCUGCUGGUCAGGUGCUUCAGGAUCCUGCUGGACCCCUACAGCCGCAUGCCUGCAUCAUCCUGGACUGACCACAAGGAGGGGCUGGAGAGGGGCCAGUUUGAUUAUGCAUUGGUGUAGGGAAAAAAAAUGUGAGGAAUAUUUCAUCGCGCACAGAAUGUUUAUUGCAGAUUUAUAAAUGGACAAGAACAUUAUGAAUGCUUUCUUGGGGGGAGAUUAACCUAAUGUUGGAGUGUAACUGGUAUAUUGACUGUACUGCUGCGUGUGUAUUGGUGUAUCUGAAGGUUCUGGGCCCCGUGUAACUGGCCUGAUUCAACAACUCUGUUGUGAAAUCUAUGUGAGCCAAAUACUGAGAACAACCAAACGUUGGACCACGAAGGACAGAGAUAUUGAGCUGCACAGCUGCCUUAACCUGAACUACUGUACUAAUCCAACAUGUUUUCACACCACAUCACUUUAGGGCUACAUUUUACAAACUGUUAGGCUUGUCAGUAUUUGAACGCUGUAUGAUUUAUGACAGACCACAUACACUCAACAUUCACUGUAUUAUGAUG